AUGGAUGUUAUUAAACAACUGACGUAUGGUUUAAAUUUGAAAAGCUCUUUGAAAAAUGGUGAUUUGAUGAGUUUGAAAGAAGAAAAUUUAAAACCUUUAAAAAAUAUAUUAAAUAUAAAAAAAGAAAACGAAUCAAAUGAAGAUGAAAAAAAGAAGAAAAUUUUACAAAAUUGUGAGGGUAUAAAAUAUUCUCAAUUUUAUGAAAACGCAAAUAUGAUUAAUAGUUAUAUGAAAGUCAAUGAAAUAAAUGUUGAGUAUGAAAAUAUAAAUAGGAAUAUUGUUCCCAUUCGCUUUUUUCAUGAUAUUAUAGAAUAUUUAAAAAUAAUCAAUAAUCAAAGAGAUGAUGAAAAAGAACGUGAAAAAAUGAGUAAUAUAAAUAAAUUGAAUCAUCAGAUAAAGACAUAUAGUGAAGGUGAUGAUAAUCAAGACAAUCAGGAAGAGGAUAUGGAACACAAUAAGAUAGAUACUCUUACAAAUGAAGAAAAAGAAAUAAAAAAUAAUGAUAAAUCAAAUAAUAAAGGCUAUAUAAUAAAUAAAGAAUAUGAAAAAUUGUUAAGUACUAUAAAAAAUACAUUAUAUUUUAAAAGACCAACAUGUAUACAAAAAAUGUGUAUACCAUCUAUAUUAAAUGAUUAUAAUACUAUAUGUAUAUCUCAAACAGGUAGUGGAAAAACAUGCUCAUUCUUAAUUCCUUUGUUAAUUAAAUUGAAUAAUAUAUAUUUAGAAGAACAUGAAAAAAAAAAUAAAAUAAAUAACAACAAUAAUAAUAAUAAUUUAGAAAAUAUAUGUGGUAAAAAUAAUCUUAAUGAAAAUUUCAUAUUUAUAAAAAGCUUAAUUAUUGUACCAACUAAUGAAUUGGCUUGUCAAAUAUAUGAACAAGCCUUAUUAUUAUUUGAAAGUUAUAAACAUAUUAAUAUAAUUCAUCUUAAUAAAUUAAAUGAUAUUAUAGAAAAUAAUGUAAUUGAUAUAUGUGUAUGUACACCUAUGAUAUUAUUAAAUAUGAUACAUGAAAAGGAAGAGAAAGAUGAAAAAAAAAAAAAAAAAGUAAGUUUAAAAAAAUGUUUUUUUAUAGUUUUUGAUGAAGUUGAUAAAUUAUUUGAAAUAAAAUUUUUGGAACAGGUUAAUACAUUAUUAAAAGAAAUUCAAAAUAAAAAAAUUCAAAAAAUUUUUACUACAGCAACAUUACCAGGAAAUAUUAAAAAUUUUAUAAGUACCUUAUGUCCAAAUUAUACAGUAGUAUAUUUUGGAAAAAAUAUUAAUACAAUAAAUAAUAAUAUAAAACAAGAAUUAUUAUAUGUAAAUAAUGAGGAAGAGAAAUUAUUAGUAUUAAAUAAUUUAAUUAAAAAUAAAGAAAUACAUAUACCAGUAUUAAUAUUUGUAGAUAGUAUAAUAAAAGCAAAUAUGAUAUAUACAAACUUACAUAAAUCUGUAUCAUAUAUUGCUUUAUUAACAUCAGAAAAAUCAAAAGAUGAACGAAAAAAUAUCUUUCAAAAAUUUCAACAAGGACAUAUAUGGUAUCUUAUAUGUACUGAUAUAUUAAGUAGGGGUAUUGAUAUCAAAGGUAUUGAAACUGUUAUAAAUUAUGAUGUUUGCUAUGAUAAAUAUAAUUAUAUGCAUAGAAUAGGAAGAGCUUGUAGAUCUGAUAGAAAAGAAGGAAAAGCUAUCACCUUCUUUACUUCUGAAAAUAUUAAAUAUAUGAAAGAUAUUAUUAAAUUUGUUAAAAAUAGUGGUACGCACAUACCAUCCUACUUGGAAAAUUUCCAAUUUAAAAAAACACCCAAGUUUCAUUUUUCAAAAUUUAAUAAAAAAAGUAAAAAAAAUAAAAACAAAAAUAAAAUAAAAAGUAAUAAUAAUAAUAAUAAUAAUAAUAAAGGAACAAAGAAACUCAUAAAAAGGGGAAUUAUUAAGAAGAGUAAAGAAAAGACGAAAAAUAAAAUAAAGAAAAAAAUAAAGAAAAAAAUAAAUAAAAAUAAAAAAUAA